AUGACAAAAAGUUCAAAAAAGCGAGACUCAAAGCCCAAAAAGCAAGGCGGACGUUUACGACUUGCCCAGACCGCUGCGCUUGUAGAGCCACCAGAUACUCUACCAUUCCCACCCCAGCUAGACAUUACUGAUUUAGUGACAAAAUAUACACGCAAACGGCUAGCUCGUUUCCCCAACGAGUUUAUCAUUUAUCGCAGCUUGUAUGUAAAAUAUCUAAAGGAACGAAAUCACAACUUUUCCAUGACAGAUCUCGCACCAAUCGUCAGUAAACUAUGGAAAAACGAACCGGACAAUGUGAAAAAUUUCUACAAGCAAGUUUCUAUAGAAGCCAGAACACAAUAUUUGCUGAAAACUCGAUCCGACGCCACAAACUCAUCGAAAAAGAAGCUAAAACGUCCGAGAAAAAGCAUCGGUACCAAGAUAACGAUGAAAGUAAACCCGUCAAUUAGGAAUUCAUCAUCCAACCUUGCGUCAAUGUGUUUUUUCAAGACUCUGACACCGACAAUGACUGCCGCCAAUACUGCUUUAUUGGAUUUUGAAAUGACGCCGUACAAUUACUUUACAUCGACUCGAGUUGAAUCGACGGCUACAACAGACUUGACGUAUUCUCAAUCUCCUCCUCUGUCAGCCAACUCGACAACGACAACAUUUGAUCAAGCAGACCAUUCGGACCUGAUGAGUUCCGCAUUUGCCGAUGACUUAUUUGGAAAUGAUAGUGACAUUACAUGCACGGAUGAAAAGAGAUACGACAUUGCUAUGAUGACGGAAACUUGCAGCAGUGAGGUUGUGGCGUAUCAUGACAAUGUGGUGCUUGAGCAGAAUUUUGAAUUUCUAAAAUCAUUUUCACUAGACACUUGCGAAAAAGGCAUGUGGUAA